UCCUCCUCCUCAUCGUCCUCCUCCUCUUUUUCCUCCUCCUCCUCCUCCUCCUCCUCCUCCUCCUCCUCCUCCUCCUCCUCCUCCUCCUCCUCCUCCUCCUCCUCCUCCUCCUCCUCCUUCUCCUUCUCCUCCUCCUCCUCCUCAUCGUCCUCCUCCUCUUAUUCCUCCUCCUCCUCCUCCUCCUCCUCCUCCUCCUCCUCCUCCACCUCCUCCUCCUCCUUCUCCUUUUCCUCCUCCUCCUCCUCAUCGUCCUCCUCCUCUUAUUCCUCCUCCUCCUCCUCCUCCUCCUCCUCCUCCUCCUCCUCCUCCUCCUCCUCCUCCUCCUCCUCCUCCUCCUCCUCCUCCUUCUCCUCCUCCUUCUCCUCCUCCUCCUCCUCCUCCUCCUCCUCCUUCUCCUUUUCCUCCUCCUCCUCCUCAUCGUCCUCCUCCUCUUAUUCCUCCUCCUCCUCCUCCUCCUCCUCCUCCUCCUCCUCCUCCUCCUCCUCCUCCUCCUCCUCCUCCUUCUCCUUCUCCUCCUCCUCCUCCUCAUCGUCCUCCUCCUCUUAUUCCUCCUCCUCCUCCUCCUCCUCCUCCUCCUCCUCC